AACAGGGAGACACCACCAAACGAAACCAACCCCCAACCAACUUCUCUCUCCCACAACAACAGGGCAGCUACUUAUCCACUCACUCAUCCCACUCUCUUCACCAUUGACUCAUUACUCAGAGAGAGAGAGUGAGAGAGCGCUUGGUUUGUAUGGCAAUGGCUUGCACAGCUACUUCAACAACAGCUCUACUCUCUUCUUCAUCUCCAAACCCUAUUACUAGGCCCUCUUCUUACAUUUCCCCCAAAUCAUCCCUUUCCACCAAAACCUUAUCUAUCUUCCCCACUUCCUUCAACGGCCUUCGCAAACCCUUCCUCUCUCGUUCCAUCUCCUCCCCCAGAUCUCUCUCCCGCCGGACUUUCCUUGUCAGGGCCGGUGAGCUUCCACUUGUUGGAAAUAUAGCACCAGACUUUGAGGCUGAGGCUGUUUUUGAUCAGGAGUUCAUCAAGGUUAAACUUUCAGAGUAUAUUGGGAAGAAAUAUGUUAUUCUCUUUUUCUACCCUCUGGAUUUUACAUUUGUUUGCCCCACCGAAAUCACUGCAUUCAGUGACCGUCAUGCAGAAUUUGAGAAGUUAAACACAGAAAUAUUGGGUGUUUCCAUAGACAGCGUGUUCUCCCACCUUGCAUGGGUCCAAACAGAUAGAAAGUCUGGGGGGCUUGGUGAUCUAAAGUAUCCAUUGAUUUCUGAUGUGACCAAAUCAAUUUCAAAAUCGUAUGAUGUGCUGAUUCCGGAUCAGGGAAUUGCAUUGAGGGGACUUUUCAUUAUUGAUAAGGAAGGAGUUAUUCAGCACUCCACCAUUAACAAUCUUGCAAUUGGCAGGAGUGUUGAUGAGACAAUGAGAACGCUUCAGGCAUUGCAAUACGUGCAGGAGAACCCGGAUGAAGUAUGCCCAGCUGGAUGGAAACCGGGAGAGAAGUCGAUGAAGCCAGAUCCCAAGCUCAGCAAGGAAUACUUUUCUGCAAUAUGAAGAAAAUAGAGAGAGCAAAACAACCCAUUAGCAUUUCCAUUUGUCAUUUAUAGAGGUUUUAGAGGGUUUUCAUGUAAUGUUUUUUUUUAAGUCUUGUUGACGAGUUUUGGGAGGUGGUUUCUGGGAACAAAAUGCAAUGGACCAGAUGUACCCCUGUAUUUAGAAUUCGUCAAUGUUUGCUUGAUCUGUUUCUUUCCAUUAGGAGGGCUUUUUGUCAUGCC